GUUGUCGGUCGGCGAUCGUCGGAGCGGUCUGUGUACCGACCGGUCCGCCCGUUUCGAAACUGACACCCAGCGGGCCGCACGGAUCUCCGGGGGCGACUUAGGUCGGUGAAACAGCCAUGGGAAACGCGGAGAGCGGCUGCGGCGGAGCCAGCGGCGACGACGAGGACAUAGAGACGGAGAGUCCCGGCUUCGCGGAAGACAGUCCGGCCUCUGCGGCCACUGGCGGCGGUGUCGGAGGCGGCGGAGGCUCCGGUUCUGGCAGAAGCGGAAGAGGCUCCAAUAACGUGGCCGUGGCCACCGGCGGACCCCCCAGCCCCGGGGUGCUCCUGGAGCAAGUGAAACUGCGGGAAGCGGCCGCUCGCAUCAGCGACUCCGGCGUGGCCAUUCACGAGUCCGUCCUGGCCGGGAACGAAGGCGUCCUGAUGCGGUGGCUGGAGGACCGGCUGAACCGCGGAGAGGAGUCCGUCAAUGUGGAGCAGUUCUGCGAGAUGUUGGAGAGCAGGGACGCCCCGAGGGACGAGUGUGAGGAGGCCUUUGGACAGUUUGAUGCCGAGGGCGACGGUGUGGUGGAUGUGGAGAGUAUGCUGUUCACGCUGAAGAGCACCAAUGGAGCAAACCUCCAGGGAGAGCUGAGUCAUGUCAUCAGAAAGCUGCAGGCGUGUUCCCUAACCCCAGGUUUUGUUGAUAUUUUCUCCAAGACCAAAGAUCGAUUAGGAGCACAUGCCUCCAAGAUCCUGAAGUUCCUACACAGAAAUCGUAUUCCCAGCAGUGCCAUCCCUUUCCCUAUUUUAGAGGGCUACAAUAGUAUUUGCACCAUGAGGUCCAGUGUGGUCCAGGACUUCUUGGAAUUCCUUUUACAGAAAGAGAAGGAUUUAGAUAUUCAGUACAGAGCAGAGCUGGACCGUGAUCCAGAUGUAGACAAGGUCAAGGUGGUCACGCAGUGCUACACCACAAUUGAAGCUUCAUCCAAUGUUGCUGAUAUUUACAAGAUGACAAAUGGGGAGACGGCAUCUUUCUGGCAGUCAGACGGCAGUGCUCGCUCUCACUGGAUCAGACUGAAAAUGAAGCCAGACGUGGUCUUGAGACGCCUGGCCAUCGCCGUGGCUUCUAACGACCACAGCUACAUGCCUCAGCUGGUGUCAGUGGCCGUGGGGAAAAACCGCCAUUCCCUGCAGGAGAUCAGAGACAUCCGCAUCCCCAGCACUGUCACCGGCUACGUAGUUCUUUUGGAGAAUGCCAACAUCACACACCCUUACAUCCAAAUCAGCAUUAAGAGGUGCCUGAGCGACGGCUGUGACACACGGAUUCACGGCUUGAAGACACUGGGAUAUCAGAUUACCAAGAGUAAAGAGGUUUCUGUUUCGGAUGCUUCGGCCAUCUGGUACCUGUCUCUCCUCACAUCCUUGGUCACAGCGUCCAUGGAAACGAACCCCGCACUGGCCAACACUGUCCUUCAGAGUACACAGAAAGCCUUACGGCACAUGCCACCUCUGUCCCUGACACCAGCCUCCGCAGAGUUCCCCAAGUUCUUCUCUUUGAACAUCCUGGAGGAGGUGGACGGAUUUCUCCUCAGGAUAGCAGACUGCUGUGUGAGUCCUGAUGCCGAACUGACCCUGCUGGCCUUCGCCCUGGCCAGGGGCAGCGUGGCUAAGGUGCUCCAGGCCCUGUCUUGCAUCAGUGAUCAUCUGGAAACCAAGUACAAGGCCUCCCCGCUCAUCGCCUCUAUGGCCUCCGUCUGGCUGCGGCUGCUCUAUCGCAAUGGAAAGCCCCUCCAGCUGCAUCUGCAGGCCUGCGACGUGAAGAGCAAAGAGGAGAAAUCCGGACCGGAGAACAUGCUCGUAGAGUCUUCCACCGGAGACGGUUUCCUCACAGAAAGCGGCAGGAAGAAAGCGAGUGUGAUCCUGUCCACAGAGGACCAGAGCAACUUCCAGGUCACUCAGAUGAAGAUUAAAGUUCGAAAAGGAGCCAUUGGGGCAAAAUGUGGCCUGGUGUUUGCCUACAAGGACGAAGACCCUUUUGAUGCAGAGAAGCAUUUUAAGAGGUUUAAGAAGUACGAUGUCUGGGACUACACGGACUACAAAGAUUUCGUCCAAGACAAUGUGAAGAUUCCAACGCAGUGUGAGGACGAGCCCAUUGGCUGGUUUGAGCUGGAGGAUGACUGGAAUGAUGUGGAGAUCAAGCUGCAGCAGUGUCGCGUUGCAAAGUUCCUGAUGGUGAAGUUCCUGUGCACCAGGCAGGACUCGGCCGAGCGCCUGGGCGUGCAGGCCCUCAGCAUCAGCGGCUACCUGUGUCCCGGCACCGAGAGGCUCGGAGACCUGGACGACCUCAGCGCAGAGGGAGAGCGCUUCGACCGGGAUACCGUCUCCGGCCUCUGUCUGCUCAACAAGACGCUCUUCUUCAUACAGCAGCUCACCCGGGACAUGGAUUCUUCCCACUUCAAGCAGAAGUAUCUUCUGGACUUCGGUGGCCUCAGUCUGAGCCUCUUCUGGGCCUUCUACAGUAAACUCAGGGAGAUUGAGGGAGAGGAGGUGCUUAAAAGCAGAGUGCUUCUGCUCCAGCUGAUGCAGAACUGUUUCCCCAUGCUGCCCAACCCGCUGCAGCCGCGGGCUUCAGACGGAGCCAAAGCACAGGAAGAAAGUGCCGCCGCCGCCGCCGCCUCCCCCUCCACAUCCACCAGCGUGGAACCUCCAGAUGAGUGUAUGAAGGCCGUGUGGGACUUCUACACCCACCUGUGCCACAUUGUGGACGGUCCGGAGGGCGAGACGUCAGUGGAAAAGGCCUUGCACAAGGAAGCCGUCAAAGCCAUUCUCAAUGGAGCAGCUGUGUUCUUCCCUGAUAAACACGUCAGGCGGGACAAACUCUUUCACAUGAUGAAGAAUAUCACUGAAGAGGAUCAGCCACAGUCGGUGAAGGUGACAUUUGAGUCUCUUUGUAAUUACUUCAGUGAUCGGGAUCCCAGUGGCCUUCUCCUGCUCCCUCCGAAAGGAGCGCCCUCAGACUUCGACAUCAGCCCGAUCCUGUCAGUCAUGGAGACGCUGCUGCUCGUGGCGAUGAGAGAGUGUGAAGUUAUGAUGGUGGAUGAGAACAGCGGGGCCAGCAGGGCGGUGCUGCUCUCCUUGUUUUGGGCUCUGCAGGGGAGUCUGCUCUCCUGGUGCUACCUGCAGCUCAAAACAGGAUCGUCCACAGCCGUGGCAAUGGAGCUGGCCAGAGACAUCCUGCUCAAAUAUGUGGAUCAGCUUCUGGGAAGCAUCAAGACCAUCCUGGGUUCCCUACUGGAGAGAUACACAGGUGCUGAAAUUACCGAAAAAUUAGGCAGCUCCAUUCUCGCCACCGUCUUCAGGCAGCUGAUGAUCUUCCUCUUGGAGCUGUGCUCUUUGGACAUCCCCCACAGUGUGCUGCUGAAGAGCUUCUCCUCGCUGGUCGAGCUUCUCAAAAGUCUGUCCAGUGACACAGGAGACAUCUUUUCCAAGGCGGAUCAGGACAGCUGGCACCAGCCUCAGCAGCCUGUGAUCCUGAGGACCUGGAACCUGGAGUCCCCACACAACUACGAGAACAGUCGUCACGAGACGAGCAUCUUCGCCUGUCCCGGCGCGACAUCGUUCGAGGUGGAGUUCGACGAACGCUGUGAAACAGAGAAGAGAUACGACUACUUAGAAUUCACUGAUUCGAGAGGCGGGAAGGUCCGCUAUGACAUGAAGGUUGGAACAGAAAAGUGGCCAAAGAAAGUGACGUUCGACGCCGGACCUCAGCUGCAGUUCCUCUUCCACUCGGACAGCAGCAAUAACGAGUGGGGUUACAAGUUCACGGUGACCGCCCUGGGCCUGCCAGACAUCACCAUCUCCUGGAUGUCCGACCUGCAGCUCCUCGUGGCUCGCCUCAUGGGCCGCCUUGCAUCCAGAACUCUGGCGUUGAAAUCGCCUCACGAGAUCCGCACUGUAAAGGAAGUGCCACCAGCAGGAGCGUCUCAUGUUCAGUCCUCACCUUUAUGGAAGCCGAUCCUGCGACACGGAUUAUGUGAAAAAAGGGAAAAGAGCCGGUUAAAGGCAACCACAAACCAGAUGAACACAUGGACUCUUGAUGAGUUGAUGUGCUUCCUGGAGGAUUUUGCCCGCUGGAACCCAUCCCAAGACCCGACGGACAGCAGGACGGAGCUGAUGAGGACGCUCACGCAGUCGUUCAGAAAACAGCCAAUGAGGAAUGAGAUUGCUAGUGGGCCAAAAACAGACCAGGCUGUGAAUGCUAUUUGGGCUGCCAUGGUGUACCACACACCAGCCCUCAACCUGGCACUGAAAACUUACGUUAAUCAGGACUGCAAGUCCUCCCUGAGUGAGGAAUUUCUGCAGGUCUAUUCGCUGGCCGACGGCAUCCGAACAUGGAUGUUGGAGAUGAAGCAGAGAUACCUCGUUGGCAAAAUGAAUGUUCCCGACGUGAAGGAAGGAGGUCUGGAUGAAGUUACAAUGGAGACGCUGGCUGAGACGUGCAUUGAGAAGAGCCUCCUGCUGUUCAGGUUUGCUCCUUGCGGAGUGGCGUGCCAGGGCAGUGACUCUUCUAAAGCUACAGAGGGCAGCAGUGGGCCGCUCCUCCACUCGGGCUCCUUCUCACAGGGUGACUUUCAGCCCAGUCCCUCUGUGGGACCCCAGACCGCGGGGCCAGACGAGGGCGGCGAUGCCAAAGCAAGUCAUAGUCCCAAUGCUUCCGGGUGUGGACACAGCAGGCGAGGCAACAGAGGCUCCACAGAGAGUCUGUCGCCUCUGCCCGGAGACCCGGCUUCACCCUCCGCCUUUUCCCGCAAAGCUCCGUUCAGUCGGGCACGCCUUCGCCUCCUGUCCUGCCGCUCUAUGGAGGAGCCCCGUAUGACCCCGUCCGUCAAGGACCGCUACCCAGUAAUCAAACACAUCCUGAACUUCAUCAAGGAUCAAGCUCUCACAACAGCAAGCAUUCUGCACACCCUGUCUCUGAACAAAGCGCAGGCUCUGAGCGUCUGCAAAGUGCUGGAGAUGAUUCAGCAGUGUUUACGAUCUCUGGGGCAGCCACACCUCUUCCAGGCCCCAUGCAUCCUGUUCCUGCAGGAGCUGCUAGCAUGUCAGAGAGACUUCACCAGCUAUUUCUCUCAGCUGUCUGAAAGCGGGCAGAAGCUCGGAGAGGAGGUGAGACGCUCUUACCACCAGCUGGUGCUCAUGUUGGUCGACGCAGUCAAAGGCUUCAGUGGCCUCAAUGAGAAAGCUCUGCUGCCAGGCCUGUCGUGUGUGCAGACCUGCUUGUUGCACCUCCUGGAUAUGAACUGGGAGGUACACGACCUUCCUCUCUUCCUGAACGUUAAACUUCCCGACCUUCUGCUCAGCAUGUCCCAGGAGAACAUCAGUGUACAUGACAUUGCCAUCAGCCAGUGGACGAUGGAGGAUGAAAUCACCGACUACAAGAAGAACCAGGAGUGGAUGGAGGAGUGUAUGGACGGGAUGUUUGAGAAGUGGUAUGAUAAAAUCGAUGAGGAAGACUCCAUGGAGGACAGGAGGAAGAUGCACAUGUUCAUUGCCCGCUACUGCGAUCUCCUCAACGUGGUGAUCUCCUGCGAUGGCUGCGAGCGGAUGGCGCCCUGGCACCGCUACCGCUGCCUGCAGUGCAUGGACAUGGACCUCUGCAAGACCUGCUUUCUCAGUGGUGCCAAGCCUGAAGGCCACGAGGACGACCACGAGAUGGUGAACAUGGAGUACGCCUGUGAUCACUGCCAGGGGCUCAUCGUAGGCAGCAGGAUCAACUGUAACGUGUGUGAGGACUUCGACCUGUGCUUCGGCUGCUACAAUGCAAAGAAGUAUCCCGACAGCCACCUGCCCACACACCGGAUCACGGUCUACCCCAUGGUGACCAUUCGGAUCAGCGACCGCCACCGCCUGAUCCAGCCUUACAUCCACAACUACUCCUGGCUGCUGUUUGCUGCUUUGGGCCUGUACACGUCGGAACUGAGCAGCGAGAAGCAGACGGAGGGAGAAUCUCUGAGCGGUGACACCCUGAACCAGGCAGUGUCUCUGCAGACGCGCUGUUCUCAGCUCAUCACGGACUGUUUACUCAAGGGACAAACUGGGAAAGGUCUCCGCUCGUCAGCUCUGCUCGCUCUGCUGUCCUCUAAUGACUCGGCCUCUGACAGCGAGCUGUGUCCGGUCUCUCCGGAGUCCUCGCAGGAGAUCAGCACUGCCACCGACACCUCCUCGCUGCCAGGCAGCACAGCAGCAGUCUGUUCUCCAUCAUCUCCCAGGGACAAGAACAAACCAUCAAAUAAGGAGAAAAAGACAAAGGAGGUGAGUUCUCCUCCCCUCGCUCCUCCAGAGGUGUCAUUCCCAACAAGUGUUGAAGAGGACAAAAAGAAAUUGGUCACUCAAGACACCCUGGAGUCUCCCAGCCUCAGCCAGACUCCCUCAGUAUCCAGCGAAGACCCCCUCUCUCCAGUGGUCCGACCCUCGGGACCAGGAGCGGACAACUCUCCAGCAUCCGACGUCAUGAAGGGGACAGAGGAGAGGCUUCCUCAGGUUCCCCUGCAGGAGCACGUCUUCUCGGAGUGCUCCAGGGAGAGGAUCCUGGGACUUCUGGCAGCCAUGCUUCCUCGAGCCAAACCAGGCAGCAGCCUGUCCUUGCCCAGCCUCAGCGCCAUCCUGCCCCAGCUGUUCAGGGCCGUCAUUUCCAACGCCGGCUCUCUCAACGAGACCUACCACCUCACCCUGGGCCUCCUGGGCCAGCUGCUGCACCGGAUCUCUCCAGCAGAGGCCGACGGCGCUGUCACCGAGGCCCUGGCUGACAAAUACGAGCUGCUGACACAAGGAGAGGCCGCCUGCUCGGACGUCCUGGGCUGGAAAACGACGCAGCUGCUGUUUAGCCUCGGGGCUGUGUGCUUGGACAGUCGUAUUGGUCUGGAUUGGGCGUGCACAGUGGCAGAUAUCCUGCACAGUCUAAAUGCGUGUCCCGAGUGGAGCGCGGUCAUCGCUGCCUUCACCGACCACUGCAUCCAGCAGCUGCCUCAGACUCUGAAACGCACCAACCUCUUCACCCUGCUGGUGCUGGUGGGCUUCCCUGAGGUGCUGUGCGUUGGCACCCAGACGGUGUUUAUUGACAACGCCAACGAGCAGCACAACAUGAUCUUACUCAAACACUUCACGGAGAAGAACCACGCUGCCGUGGUGGAUGUUAAAACACGCAAGAGAAAAACAGUGAAGGACUACCAGCUCAUCCAGUCUCAGGGUACCACCCCUGGCGGUAUCCCCGACCAGCCGGAGGACCAGAGCUGCCCCAAGACGCUGCUCAGUCGCUACCUGAGCAAUUUCACCUCCAUCAUCAGCCACCUGCUGCAGGCGAGCCAAGACAGCGGCUCGUCCGACGCUGUGGAGGCUUCCUGGGUCCUCUCGCUGGCCCUGAAAGGACUCUAUAACACUCUCAAGAAGCACGGAGUGAAGUACGCUCAUGGCGCCAUCCAGCAGUCGGGCCUGACUCAGCUGCUGGUGCGGAAAUGCAGCAAAGGCACCGGCUUCAGUAAGCUGUGGCUGCUCCGAGAUCUGGAGAUCCUGUCCAUCAUGCUGUACUCCUCCAAGAGGGAGAUCCACUCCAUGGCCCAGGACCCCGAGAGAGACCAGCGAGAGCAGGACAAGGAGCACGACUCAGACCACUCCAGCUGCUGUGCCGACGAGAGCGACGUCAACAGGCCCGACCCGCUCGACGGCCUCGAUGAGGAGACAAAGAUUUGCUUCCAGAUCACCCACGAUGCCUUAAAUGCCCCCCUGCCCAUCCUGCGAGCCAUGUAUGAGCUGCAGAUGAAGAGGACGGACUCUUUCUUCCUGGAGGUGCAGAAAAGAUUUGAUGGAGAAGAGAUAAAAACAGAUGAGACGAUCCGAACGCUGGCUCAGAAGUGGCAGCCGACCAGGCGGCAUCGUUCUGAGGAGAGAAACACCAAGGCAGUGGACACCGAUAUGAUCGUGGUGUCGUGCAUGUCUAAACCCAGUCACUGUGAAAAGGCCACAGAGGAGAUCAACGUUGUGGCCCAGAAGCUCAUCACCAAUUCAGAGAGCGAUCUGCAGCUCAGCUACGCCAAACAGCGGCGCACCAAAAGCUCGGCUCUCCUACACAAGGAGCUGGACGUGCGCAGCAAUCGGGCAGUUCGCCAGUAUUUGGUGAAGGUCAAUCAGGCCAUCGCCACGCUGUACGCCCGCCACGUGCUGGCCUCGCUGCUGGCCGACUGGCCCGCCGAUGUGCCGCUGAGCGAAGAGGCCCUGGAGCUGAACGGGGCCUCGCACAUGGCGUACAUCCUGGACAUGCUGAUGCAGCUGGAGGAGAGGCCGCUGUGGGAGAAGAUUCUCCAGAGGGUGCUGAAGGGUUGCAGUCAGAGCAUGCUGUGCAGUCUGUCUCUCACUGCCUGUCAGUUCAUGGAGGAGCCGGGGAUGGCCGUGCAGAUCAGAGAGUCCAAACAUCCUUAUGACAACAACACCAACUUUGAGGACAAGGUGCAUGUCCCCGGUGCAAUCUACCUGUCCAUUAAGUUUGACUCCCGCUGCUACACAGAGGAAGGCUGUGAUGAACUCAUCAUGUCCAGCAGCAGCGAUUUCCUCCAGGAUGUGCACAAUUUCAGUGGAUCUCCUCAAAAGUGGUCUGACUUUGAGAUUCCAGGUGACACGCUGUACUACAGGUUCAUGUCCGACAUGAGCAACACGGAGUGGGGCUACAAGUUCACCGUGACUGGAGGCCACAGGGGCCGUUUCCAGACAGGAUUCGAGAUCCUGAAGCAAAUGUUAGCUGACGAACAAGUGCUCGAUCACCUGCCGCUGGCCGACAUCUGGGAGUGGCAGGUGGGAGUCGCCUGCCGCCAGACUGGAAACCCGCGCCUCAAAGCGAUUCACCUGUUGCUCCGACUGCUGCAGUGUCCGUCCCAGACAGCCUGUGAGCUGACGCUGCUGCGACCUCUGUGGCAGCUCUUCAUGUCCAUGGAGAACAGCGUGGGUCAGGAUCCCACCAGCAUCACUGUGCUGCUGCCUCUUCACAGAGCCCUCACCGAACUCUUCUUCAUCGCCGAGGGCCGUGCCAUCGCGCAGGGCAUCCUCCAGGAGUACUUGUUAGCCAUGACCACAGAUGAGCAGCUCCUCAAUCACACUGCAAUGGCUCUGAAGAAUAUCGCUGCCAUCAGCCUGGCUAUCAAUUACCCCAAUAAAUCCACCAAGCUGCUCAACAUGUCCCCUUGAGAGGUCCGUGGAGACGAACCGAGGAGAGCAACCUGGAGGGGGAGGGGAGGGGAGGGGGGGGGGGGGGCACAUCCUGACUCAGCUGGUUCACUCUAAACAAAGGACAAAGUGGAGGGAGAGAGACCUCCCUCAUCAUCUCCCUCCCUCCCUCCCUGCCGCCUCUCUCUCUCUCUCCCUCUCUCUCUCUCACUCUGCAGCACCACGGACAGGCGCUGUAGAAACGGGAGGCAGAGGGGACACACACACACACACACACACACACACACACACUCAAAGAGCACUUUCCACACUUAUUCACAAUCCUUUUUGCCUUAGGUGAAUCCAGUAUAUCAGCAUGUGCAUUCACUGAAACGGGGAGAGUUUCGGGCUCUUGUUUUAUUCUUUGAUUUCUUUCGGUUCUAUUUUAAGUUGUUACUUGAAGACGCCGUGCUAAAAGGACAUGAAGUGUGCCAAAUUCGCAACCUCCAAGGGGGGGAACCGUGUUCCUUCUCCCUCCGACAGCAGCCACUCCGGGCCGCGCAGCGGAUGGUGGUGAAAACGGGUCACCUUGGCGACUUGCUCGUCUCGGUGGACAUGUAGAGCAUCCUAAAAAUACUGUCCAGGACAUUGGAGUCUCAUUAGUCACCACAGAGAGAAAGUAAUGACCUACUAGCUCGUGCCACUCCUCUCUUCCUUCCUUUCCUUCUGUACUUGUUGGAGGAAAUCGUUCAGGGUGGUCGUGAAAAGCGAGGGAACGCGGGGCCCUCGGACCCUCUGCGGGACUGGCAGGAGCUGAGCGGGUUAACAGGGAUUCUCACAACAGCCAUAGCCUGAAAUAGGAGGGAAUACUGUGAUUACAGAGCAUUCCUCCAUCUUAUUCUACCAAAAAACGUAGAAUUGCGUUCACUCAACUCCUCCUCGACAAGUGAGAGAACAUCAUGAUGUCAAAUCUUCAUAGAAAAUAUUCCAACAAAAAUAAAACUUCAAAUCAAGCCACUGAGAAACCCGGACCUUCACUUUUAGCCAGAUGUAUUUAUUGACACAUCGUAUUUUAAGGGUCCGGAUUUAUUUUUUACAGCGGAGUUGAAUCGAAAAGAUUCUUUCCAUAGAGGUGUCCAGUAAAACGGUGAUUCCCUCUGUGGAACUGAAGCUGAUGUACCGUAUUUAGAGCCGAGUGUAAAAUCGACACAUUAUCCCGCAUCUCCAUGAGUCACGCAUCGGAAAGCAGAGCCGACUUGUUUUCUACCGAAUUACCUCGUAUUUUAUAAAUCCACACAUAUUUGGGGUGAUGCUUCCUUAAACAUUGAACACGACUUCCAGUCAUAUCCCACUAAUUAACUCCCCGCACACACACCUCACUCUCACACACACCUCACUCGUUCAUGCACCUGUAGCCACAUCAAACACGUACUUUCUCUUCAGAGAGGGUUUUGAGCAGCCGUCGAUCUGAACGCCGGUUUAAAGGAGCACGAGGGAGACCCGAGGGUCGUUUUCCACUCAUUAACUGUACAAACUGCAGAGGAAGAGAGUCUUUUAUUUGUAGGAAUUCAUGGUAGUUUUUAUACCAAAGAAACCAAUCAUUGUGAGCCAUGAAACAUCCGAACGAGCUCCUGGUCGAGUUCAUUCUGUUCGUCACAUAUCAGAGAGCGACCCUGUGAGAAGCCGGAGCAACGGAAACCUUAAGACAUUGUUGAGUUUUGGUUCUUUUUUUUUUUGGAUUUUUUUUUUUUUGUUUGUUUUUUUAAAUCUUUUUAGUUUCCUGAGUGGUCCGUUGGGGGACCGCCGGUUAGCGUGGUGGUUUUGUUUACACAAACAUCAGCUGCAGUGAGGAGAGAGGAAGAAGUGCAUGGCCUCCGUUUGGCUUCUGCGACGCCUCACCUAUCUACGACGUGCCUACGGUUAACAAUGAAGCAAUCAUAAUUUAACUCAUGUUAGCGGGAUUAUUAAUUAAUUAUAUUUUAAAAGAAGAGAAAUAUAUUGUUUCAUUUGAAGUUUUUUGUAACUUUUUACUUUUCAUGUCGGUUUCUUUCUUUUUUUUCCGCGAGGAUGCUUGACAUUCGAGGCUGACUAAUUUGAAUGUACAUAUCUGUGAAUAUCAAGUGCACAG